AUGAAGCAACUUCGAUAUGCCUUGCUGCUAUCGAAAGUCAAAACCUCUUUAGAGAAAGAACACCGGAAUGAUCCAAACUGCAAUGUCAGUGGCUCAAAAGAUGAGCAUGGACGAGAAAUUGAGGAAGACGAAAGUAAUGAGGAAGAUGAAGAUAAUGAUGACGAUGAUGUCGAAGAUGCAGAUGAUGAGCAUGAUGAUGAUGAUGACGAUGACAAUGAUGAUAAUCUGGGCAAUGUAAGAUUCCAAGGAGAUGAUCCGGCCUAUGACAGUGAUCCAAUAUUAAUCGGCCCUGAUUAUGAUACCUUUCCUCAAAGAUCUCCACUUAGAAAGUUGCCCUCUGACAGCGAUGACACGAAGGAAGAUUCACACCAAGCCCAACAGAUUUCAAAUGAACAUCCCGAAGAUAUGUCUCGUGCAAUUGUACCGCAUAUUCCACACAUGGAUGAGACUUCAAUCAAGCGUGAAGAAGCAACUGAGGGAAAAAUGGAAGCCUCACCUAUCCUCCUCAGCUCAGCAAGUGGUGGAAAAAGGGAAGCACCACCUCAAGAUGAACACAUGGACACUUCACAAACAAACAUUGAAGAAGAAUCACCUCCAGAGUCCCCACGGACCAUCACGAAUCAAAUGAGGGAAACUGUUCAUACAGCCGAGAACGUUCACUUGCAAUAUUUGGUUCUUCGGCAAAAAGACACGAAAGUACUGGAUGACUUAUGCAAGAAGUUCCUUGAGAGGAUUGCAAAAACCCUUCAUGAGCUUAAUACCUUCGUUAACAAAAUUGCACGGCAGCAACACGAACUCAAGCACUCUCACUUUAGUCUCAAAGAACGUGUUGAUUUGGCAUGCAUGAAGAUAGACACCUCACAAGAUAAUUCCUACCAACUGGGAGAAUAUGCUCUUCAGAUUCUUGGAUAUACCCAGGACAUAUUGGUUACAGUGAGUCUCUCCAAGAGAGAACAGACGAAUCUGAGGCAGAGACUCAUGAAGAACAACAAAGUAACUAUGGAUGGCAUAGGAAACUUUGUGGAUUUUGUACCCUAUGAAGAAGGAAGUGACUCUCCACAAGGUGUCAUUCACAAUGCAGCUUUCAAAGUGCACACUGAGUCGGGAAAGAGCUAUCAAGAAGGAAUGAACUCGUUUGAACUGAUCUCGUGGUGGAAAGCAGGAAUAGUCGAAGGAAGAAAAAUUCGUGAAGCCUACAACAACUACACAAGUCUGAACAUCAAAGGAAAACAUGAAGUUCUUGUCAAGACAAAUCCAAUAAAGGUCUUCAGAAAAAGGAUUAAUGAGGAAAUCGACUUCACCAGAAUGCUCAAACAACAAAAGGAAAGGGAUGACCGUGAACAUAAGGAAGCUGAACAGCAGAAGUCAAAACUCUUGGAAUUGUAA